AUGAAAAUCUGUCUGUACUCAAUCUUACCUCUUUUAUUUGUUUUAUUCCUUAAUAUCAAGCUGGGGCUAGCUGUUGAAUUGAUACCUAUCUUGGUUAAAUUUGAUGAAGAGACAACAUUAAAUGUCAUUGCACAAGUGUGGGAAUACGAUUCAGGAAAUCAUCAUGGUGUGAAAAUUAAUUCUACAGAGUUGGGAGAUUUGAGCAGGGAAAGAGGAUUGAAUCCUGGAUGGGUUCAUAGAAGGCUUGCUAGGGGGUUAUCAUCUGGAGAGAUAACUAGAGAGACAUAUAGUGAAGAUGGUUUUAAUGUUGUGAUUGGACCACCAAGUGAAAGAGACAAUGCUAUACCAAUAAGAGGAUAUCUUCGUAUAAAUGGUGAUGAAACUGAAUAUGAAUCAUUUACCACAACUACAGGCUAA